GAGGGGAGGGCGGAAGUGGCGUCACGGCGCAGGAGCGCGGAGCGGCGGGAGGAAGACCCGGGAGCUCCGGGACGUCGUUUUCUUUUUCCCGGGGGCCGUGUGACGUCAUGCCGACCGUGCUGGGCCUGGAGGGCUCCGCCAACAAGGUGGGCGCGGGGGUCGUGCGGGACGGCGCCGUCCUCAGCAACCGCCGCGCCACCUACGUCACCCCGCCGGGACACGGGUUCGCCCCCGGGCCCACCGGGCGGCACCACCGCGAGCGGCUCCUCGGCCUGGUCGGGGCCGCGCUCCGGGACGCGGGAGUGGGGCCGGCCGAGCUCGACGGGGUGGCCUUCACCAAAGGCCCGGGCAUGGGUGCCCCGCUGGCCGUGGUGGCCACGGUGGCCCGCACGCUGGCCCAGCUGUGGGCGCUGCCCCUGCUCGCCGUCAACCACUGCGUGGGGCACAUCGAGAUGGGGCGGCUGCUCGGGGCCGCCCCCGACCCCGCCGUGCUCUACGUCAGCGGGGGCAACACACAGGUGAUCUCGUACUCGCGGCGCCGGUACCGGAUCCUGGGGGAGACCCUGGACGUGGCCGUGGGGAACUGCAUCGACCGCCUGGCCCGGCUGCUCUUUGGAGACAUCACGUGGCUGCAUGACAUUGAGCUGGGAAACCUCUAG